CCACAGCCACCCCCGGCCCACGCCACCCCCAUUAACCCCAGCCCAGCCCAACGGCAACUUGACAUCUCCCCUCGGUGCGCACACAAAUUCAAAUUCGCCACACAAGUCCUUAUUUGUGCACUUUCCCUUUUCCGGUGAGAGGGGGUGUACCACCUGUGCCUCCGCCAACCUUGCCCCACGUACCUGCCCGGGCAGCUCCUGUGGAAAGCUCAGAUCUUGCGAUUGCCUUAGAGCUUUUGGGAGUCGUACGAAGCAAGGGAGAGUUGUUCUGACAGCCACAAGCGAGAGGCCGAUCGCUGCGCGGACAUGGCAGAUCUGGAAAGAGUUUUAGAAUCAUUGCUAAAUCCAAGCCCAGUCAAGACCGACCACACCAUAGACCUGGGCUAUGGCUCCGGUGAAGGCGACCUGUCUCAGCUGCCCCAGCAGAAGACCGUCAUUAAAAAGAUGACUUACACCAGCCAGUCGGGAGGCGGCAUCCACGGCGACUUGCCAAUGGGGUUCCAGGCCACCGGACCCCAAAUGCACGGCGGGCCGAGCUACACGCGCGACGGUGACUUCAGCAGCACCAGUCUGGCCUCGUUGCCCCCACGGUCCGGCGGCCUCGGCGGCUCCGCGCACCGCAAAGUGUCGACGACGAGCAGCAUGGAGCGGCGCCUGGGGCCCUCGCGCGUGCCCGCCAUGCCCGGCGCGCCGCUCCACUCGCUGAACGUGCCGCUCAGCCCCGGCGCGCACUCCUACCAGGUCGGCCCCAGCCAGGGCACGGCGUGGGGAGGGACAGGAGGCGCCCGCCCGCCCGGCAUGACGGUCAUCACGACCACGGAGACACGGCGCGCUCGCUCCCCGGCCGCCCCCCGCGGCCGCUCUCCCACCAGGGGCCCGACCGGCGGCACCACCAUGACCAGCACCACCACCGUCACCAGCAACUCCACGACGGCGGAACGCCGCUUCGGCUCGCCGGGGGCCACCGCGUUCGACUUCAGCAGCGACACCUCCAGUCGCCCAUCAUCUCCAGAGCCAGCUCGUAAAAAUCUUGAGACGCGCGGGCGCAGCCAGUCUCGAGAGAGCCAGAUCCGCCAAAGGCUGCAGAGUACUUCACCGUCACCCAGAUGGACCGAGCUGGACGACGUGAAGCGCCUGGUGAAGGGCACGCGCUCGGCCAGCGUGAGCCCCACGCGCAGCCGCUCGGUCUCCCGCAGCGCGAUGGGGACACUGCCCAUCCCGCGCAAGCCCAGCCUGGAGCGCAAGCCCAGCCUCGAGGGCAGGAGCGGCUACCGCUCGGACGACGAGACCUGGGUCAAGAUCGACAACAGCGUCAAACCAGUGGUGCUGCCCCACUACGACGUGGACCUUCGCCUGCGCUCCGCUCAGGACCUCUCCUACUUCCCGCCCGAGCCGCUGCGCGUCGCCGACCCCAAGCUGUCGGCGUUCGCCCUGCAGGCGACGCUGCCCGGCGGAGCGCCCAUGAUGCCCACGCACUCGUCCACGUCGCGCUCCAUCGCCUCCUACGCCGUGACCACGCAGCAGCGCCAGCCGGCGCAGCCACCCACCUACAACACCGUCGACCUGAACGCCUUCAGCGAGGAUUACUCCACUCAGAAGCACAGCACGUUCGCCGAGCGGCCAAAGGCGGCCAGCGGAUCUGUAAAUACUCGCAUUGAAAACAUCGCCAUCAAGAAACAGAGUUCCGACACUGCUGCAGGUGCCGCAACUAAACUCUACAGCGAGGAUGAAAGCGCCAACAGCUCCGACGUAAAGAUUCUCACUUCCAGUGGCCAGGGAGCAAGGAAAGAGAUGUAUCUGUCUGAAGAGCCUCCCAAGAAGGACGUCUUGGUCAUUCAAUCCUCCAGGGACAAAUCUGGCACCCGCACGUAUGUGAAGGACAAAGCGACACUCAUCGAGACCCAAAUGGACGACGAGCCGUGGUUCGCCAGCAAGAGGGGCGGCCUGGGCGGCUCGGGCACGGGCGGUGGCGGCAAGGGCGGCGGUUUCUGCAGCCCCUGCUGCGGUGGCUGCCCCUGGUGGCUCUGGCUCCUGGGGCUGCUGCUCACGUGGCUCUUGCUGCUGGGACUCCUGGCCGGACUCCUCGCGCAGGGGAGCGAGCUGAGCUCCGUGAAGUCGCGCGUCGACCAGCUGGAGCGCAUGAUGCAGGGCGGCGUGGGCCAGAGUUCGCGCUACGUGGCACCCGCAGCCGGCGUGAACCUCGGGAGGGCGCAGGUCGUGGAAAGCCUCAACCCCGGAGUGGACGCCGGCGCCCGGACGGCCACGGACGCGGAGCUCAGCACCAGGCUCCGCGUCAUGCUCGAGCAGCAGCUGGCGUCGACGGAGAUGAGAGAUCGGUUCCGCGGUCCGAAGGGAGAAGCGGGAGAAGCCGGCCUGCGAGGUGUUAAAGGUGAAGCUGGGGACCGGGGCAUGCCCGGAAUCCCCGGAAGCAGGGGUGAUCAGGGCCAGCAAGGCUCGCCAGGAUCUCCAGGACCCAUGGGCAUUCAGGGACCCCCCGGACUGCAGGGACCUCAAGGAUUUGACGGGACCGUCGCACAGAAAGGAGCUCGGGGAGACGUUGGACCAGAGGGACCACCUGGCCAGAAAGGCCGUGACGGAAUUCCCGGCGUUCGAGGGGAACCCGGAGCUCCAGGUAGUGGACAGAAGGGCGACCGAGGUGCAUCCGGAGAGCAAGGAUUUCCAGGUCUUCAGGGCCCUCCUGGUGUCCCCGGACAAAAAGGCUCUGCCGGAGACAAAGGCUCCACGGGAUUUGACGGUUUGCCAGGAGCGUCCGGACAGAGAGGCGAGCCCGGACAAAAAGGAUCAAAGGGUGACAGGGGUGAUAAUGGCAGUCCUGGUGUUAAAGGCAAUGCAGGUGAAGCAGGGCUGCGUGGUUUGGCAGGCGAGAUCGGACUUCGUGGGCCCAUAGGCCCUGCAGGCUCAGCAGGAAUAAAAGGCGACAAAGGCGAGCCUGGAACGGCGGGUCGUCCCGGACCACAAGGAGAGGUUGGCAACCCGGGCAGUGCUGGAAAGCGUGGGGCGGAUGGACAGCCAGGGGAACCCGGACCAAAAGGACCGCCAGGAGUGGCCGGACCGCCAGGCCUCGCAGGAGAACCGGGAAGGCCUGGAGUGCAGGGAGAGCCUGGAUUCAGAGGAGAACCUGGCAGCCCUGGCAGCGUUAUCAGUGAAGGAGGAAAUGCUCAGACGAUCACGAUUCCCGGGCCCCCAGGUCCACCAGGGUCGCCAGGUCUGCCCGGCAUGCAAGGAUUCCCAGGUCCCAUCGGUCCUCCUGGCAGCCAGGGUAUCCAAGGUGAGAAGGGCGAGAAGGGCGACCGUGGAUUCAAAGGCGAAAUGGGCGAGCAAGGAGAGAGAGGCGCGACGGGCCGCUCUGCAGCUUCCAGUUCAGUUUCGUACGAGCAGGGACCGGCCGGGCCUCCCGGGCCUCCCGGGCCUCCCGGACAGCCAGGCUACUCCUCGGACACCAGCAUUACACGCGACGGCCCAAUGGGUCCUCCGGGCAGACCAGGGCCGCCAGGUCCCCCGGGUGAGACCAUCGUGGGACCUCCAGGCCCUCCAGGACUUCCAGGAUUUUCAUCGAGUGAAAACUGGCAGCAGGUGCAGCAGCAGAUCCCAGGUCCCCCCGGUCCACCCGGCCCACCAGGAAUUUCUCGCGAAGGCCCGAUGGGCCCUCCAGGCAACCGCGGCUCGCCGGGACCAUCAGGACAAAUGGGACUACCAGGAAUGCCUGGGAGUCCAGGCCAGACUGGAGAGAAAGGAGAAGCCGGUGUCCCAGGGGCUCCAGGAUUUGCUGGCCAAGGCUACAGAGCAGAGCAAGGGCCCCCGGGGCCGCCAGGGCCUCCGGGCACUCCGGGCAUCCCGGGCCCCAAGGGAGACACGGGGGCCCCCGGCCUGGGCGGACAUUACGCUGGCGUGCAGGGACCCCCAGGCCCCGCCGGGCCUGCAGGAGACAAAGGAGACGUUGGCUCUCCCGGGGUACCCGGUGCUCCAGGAAUUCCUGGCCGCCCUGGCAGAGACGCCACUCACGGCGCUCAGCCGGACGAGGACAUUUCCAUCAUGGUCGGCGUGGGAGAGCUCGAGCAGCAGCAGAGCUGGUCGGUGUCUCAGAGAGAGAUCAGCAGCAGCAGUAGCAGCAGUAGCAGCAGCAAUGGAGGCGGUGGCAGGAACGGCGGUGGUGGCGGCGGUGGCGGCGGUGGUGGCAGCUUCUCGAGUGGUUCCUCCAAUCGUGGCUCACAGCAGUCGUCUGUGCAGUACAUCCCAGGGCCGCCCGGCCCGCCCGGCCCACCCGGACCACCUGGCUCUGGCGGUGGAAGCAGCUGGAGUACAGACUACCAGGGCUACGGAGGAAUUCAAGGACCCCAAGGGCCCCGUGGGCGUCCAGGGGUGCCUGGCUCCCCUGGUGUGCCUGGCACGAUCCACAACAUCGUCGAGAUACAGGAGUACCUGAGAUCUAUCCGGAGCAUCAAUGGGGCGCCGGGAGCACCAGGAGAGAAAGGCGACCAGGGGGAGCCUGGGCUGUCGGGACCCAGUGGGUCGCGCGGUGAGCAAGGAUUCCCAGGCACGCCUGGACCAGAAGGGCCCCCCGGUUCUCCUGGCUUUGACGGCCAGAAGGGUCAGAAAGGCGAGGCAGGAUUCUCAAGAAGAAACCGCAGGGCAGCAGCAUGAGACUGAGAAGACGCUGCCCACACACACACAGAGAGUGUUGUUUAUUGAAAAUUAGCAACGUCCCUCCAUGUGAUUGUGCGGUCAGUGUGGGGAGACCUGUACAAGUGACACUGCCAUUUCCAACUCUAUGCAUUCCACUGCCUCUUAGUUUGAAGAAAGAAAGGACAGCUAGCACUUAGCGGAUAGUUAUCAUUAGAGUUUUCAGAAGGAAAUGCCUUUGUGUCAUUGCGAUAGAGUUGAAUUUGCGAUGAAAAUAAUUAACUACGACAGAGCUAAAACAACCUCGCAUUUUGUGAAGAGCAAGAAUUCCAAUGUUGUUUAUCUGAUCACCACACACAGCCACAUGCUCUCACAGCCCUAUAAUAAAAUGAGUUAAUUUUUACUGAGACCUUGUUAAGGGUGGUUGGAUCUCGGUAUAAAGUAUAUUUGUUCUACAAGAUUAUCUCAUUUCACGAGUUACAGACGGAAUAUCCACGGCUAAAUAUGCAACGAUCCCAUCGAUUCAUCGACUAAAAAUUAUUCUCGCUCUCGCGCUCACGAUGCAUGCCGAACACAGCGCCGUGUUCGAACCAGUUUUUUUUUAUAUUUCACGCAAAUUGAAUACAAACAAUAAGCUAAAGUUGCGUUUUUAACUAAUGGAUUGACAACAAACUUGUACGACCCGAGGUUUAAAAAAACAACACAAUACAAAUGACAGUUAAGAUGAGACACACAACAAAAGCUAUUUUUUUUAAAUCGUAUCGUGACGCGUAACGUUUUAGGAAAUCACUGUGGGGCGGUGAGGGAGAGAAAUCAUUGCAGCGCCUUCAGCCACGCAAAACAGGGCCACGUCGGCAUAACACCGCUGCGCAGAUGAACGUGUGCCCCUUGUCGUUGUGAACUGCCAAGAUGGUUACACGUGCGAACGGACGGGUGUCUUAUUCCUAUCGCGCUGCCUCUACACCUGGCCACUUGUCUUGCCCUCGGUCCUGCAUUUUUUUUUUUACCGGUGACUUGUUUUAUGAUUGGGAGACGCAAAGCCCCCCCCCCCCCAGUUUGCUUCAAAGUAUGGUUAAGUAAGUACAUAAAUAAAACUUGGUUUAAGAGCAGAAGGUGUGGAGGUGAUCGGGCAACUUCGAGGUCAAAGUUACGAGAGAUUCCGGGCUCGAUUCCUGGCAACGGUUAAAUUAAAGUUCUCAAGUGGAGCCAGACCAUCAAGCGAGUCGAUGGUCUCGGGCCCAAUCACCAAUGAAUGCACUAUAAAACGCCGUAAAAAUGUAAUUUGGUUUCGCACUUAAUUUAGCGAACUAUUUAUUUGACCGUCAUGUGACAAACACUAAACUCGUAGUAGAGUGUGCGCAGGUAUGUGCGCCCCCUGAUCGUGUAACGAUAGAAGGCGACUAAAUGUUGGUUCGUUUUUUUUAAUACGGAGCUACGUGAAAAUAAAGAAAAAGAUACGUGAAAAUAAGUUGCGUUCCAAAUUCGCGGACAUCGGCGGCGCAUCGGUCGCACUGCCCCCGUGAGAUUUUUUUUGACGGACGGAUUGUUUUUUUGUCGCACGAUUCCCCCGAUACUGCAAGCGGGAAAAGUACCAAAAAUAUUUUCCGGAGAAAACGAGCACAGGGUGGGAAAUGUCCCGCGCGCUUGUGUAACAGCGACGUUAAGCGCUGUGCUCGUUGAGAAGGGGAGCAAUUUUUCUUUGUUUUAAAGCACAACGCAAUUAGCUCUACGUCUUUAAAAUGUCCGACACUUGUUCCUCUUUCACCACGCGUCUUAAUUUAAUCCUUAGUAUUACUCAACGUAAACCGCUUCAAUGCACUUUCUCUUGCAUUUUUUUAAUUUUGUAGUCGUUUGUAUUAAAAAAAUGAAAAUAAACCGUUGUGUGAAACAAA